UGCAGGGGAGCUGGAACUCAGGAGCAGCCUGCAAAGGACAAACACUUGACCAAGAGGGUCUUUGCUGUAAUAGCUCAUUUACUGUGUGGCUCAGACUUCUCUGGUGAGUUACCUGUGAUGGAGUGCACCUCCCCUCUCUGCUCUGCCCCUCAGCGUCUGCUGCAGCCGGCUCCCUGGAAGGAUUCCUGCAGUGUGAGGUCCCAGCACAGUGAGCACAGACUGAGCCCAGAUGGCUGGGGACACCAGCACAGCCGCCUGGAGCCACUGCAGUGCCAGGAUCUGCUGGUCCAGAAUGCACUCUUCACUGGAGACCUGGACAUGGUGCAGAAGUACUUCACCAAGAGUUCAGCCAUCAAUCUCAUCAUCGAGACCAGGGGCGAUGAGCUGCGCUGGACUAGCAGCAAACGUGGACUGUGGUCGCUGAGCUACGAGCAGGAGUUGACCACGCCGCUGCACAUCACGGCGGGCCGGGGCUACACGGAGUGCCUGCGGCUGCUGCUGCAGCGCGGCGCCGCCGUGGACCUGGCCCCGGGGGGCAGGACGGCCCUGCAUGAGGCCUGCGCGGCCGCCAGCCCCGACUGCGUGCGGCUGCUGCUCCGCGCCGGGGCCGACCCCGAGGCCGUCUCUGAGCAGGGCUACAGGCCCCUGCACCUCUGCAAGAGCUCGGACUCCAUCGGGUGUGUCCAGCAGCUGCUGCAGCACGGUGCCAGUGUGAACAGUCAGACAGAGGAGGAGCAGGACACAGCACUGCAUGUGGCGUCACGGCACGGCCUGGUAGAGCACGUCCAGCUGCUUCUGCACCACGGGGCUGAGCUGGAGGUGAAGAACAAGGAGGGGCAAACACCGCUGAAUGCUGCCUGUGCCCAGCACCAUCAGCCCCAGGACAUGGACCGCUACUACCAGGUGUGCCAGCUGCUGGUGGAGAGCGGUGCCAGCGUCAACGCCGAGGACCGGGACCGGCAGCACCCGCUGCACCUGGCCUGCAAGAAUGCCAACGCUCAAAUCGCAGAGUUACUGCUGGCCCGGGGUGCCAAUGUCAAUGUCAUGAACUACGGCGGCAACACGGCCUUGCACAACAUCCUGCAGGUGGCUGCCUACAAGCGGGAGCAUCGCCCGGAGCAGGUGGUGCGAGCGCUGCUCAACCACGGCGCCGUCCGUGUCUGGCCGGGCUCCCUCCUCAAGGUGCUGCGGUGCUGCCACAGCUGCCCGCGUGUCAUCGAGGCCUUGGUGAACAGCUACAGCCACGUGCGUGUCUCUGAGGACUGGCUGGCAGCAGUUCCAGCAGAGGUGGUACAGACCUCGCUCCUUGCAGCACCUGGCUCGCUGCACGCUCAGGAGCCUCCUGGAGGGCCGGCUGCUGCUGGUCCUGUCCCAGCUGCAUCUGCCCAGUGCCCUGCACCAGUUCCUGCUGCUCGGCUUCGAGGACGUUCUCUACUAGGGGUGGCAGUUCCAGUCCUGCUGUGCCUUUCUGUGCAGACGUUCCACUCCUGCCAAUGCAGUCUGUGCUUUUGCAGCUCCCCCCUUCCUCUCAACCCGUCCUGCCUAGCCACAUCAGCCCCCUGUGCCAGGCCUGCUGCUGUGUCCCAGUCCCAGCCAGCCCUGUGCUCUGCAUCAUGCACCUCUUUUGGAGUGUUCUGUUUGUCCAUACUAAUCCAGACAGACUCCAGACUAACAAAAGGAGGUAUGGGAAUUAAGGAAUUUUGUGGUACAAGGAGCAAAGACACUGCAUGGAUCACAGGCUUAGUAGUAGGAUGCCAGUUUCCCUAUCCCAAAUCCAAAUACCCUAUCCUGUACUAGGCAGCUCUGGUGCCCUGGAUGAUUGCUGUGGUCCUGUCUUUUGUCGAGUUGCUUGGUCUGUACCCAGAGGUGUUUGGAAUAAAUCCUGUUCUUUAUAUCCA